AUGGAACCACCUGCGAAAAAACAAUGCUUGGGAAAAGAAACCGAUAAACAAGAUGAAGAAGGCGAGGAGCAAACUGGUUGGUUCAAUUUGCCAUUCGAGUUAAGAAGUAUUAUCAUGGAACAAAUGGACAAUGGAGCGAUUCCAAAGUUUGCCCGAUGUUCGAAGUUGUGCUAUGAAGAAGCGACAUCUUCUAAUAAUUAUUGCGAUGAUAUCGGUUUGUAUGAAAUGCGCGGAAAUCCAAAACGAUUCGAAAUUCAAUUUACGUCUCGAAGUUGGCAAAUUGGUUCGAUUAGUUUGGAAUAUUUCGCCGAUGGAACAACAAAAGUUCAAUGUGAAAAAUUUUCGUACUUCAGAAUGAUUCUUGGACAAACUAGUACAGUUUUCUUCGAACCAGGCAAUGUUUAUGAUGUUGUUGCCGAUUAUCUCAACAAGUAUUUGCAAUUAUUUCGAGCCAAUUUGAAAUGUCUCAUUAUCAGAGUGGUAAGUGGUGAUUAGAAAAUCGUAAAAACAAAUAUGUUUUUUCAGUUGGGUAAAGCAAAAAACGUAUUGACUCGUAAAGUUUGCAUCAGUGGAUUCAAAAAGUUGCAAUUACUUCGAUUUGGCGAGACUUCUAAUCAACUUUGUCUUUUCAAAUACAAUUUCGUGGACUUCGAACAAGUUUUGAAUGUCAAAUCAUUUAUCGAAUUACCAGGAACACGUUUUACAUUCGAUCAAUUGAUUCAAUUCAAAGCUAAUCAAUUCACAAUUUCCCAAAUGGAUUUGACGAAAAAAGAAAUCAAUCAAUUUAUAAAAUAUUGGCGAGAUGGAAAAUUGUAUCCGAAUUUGGAAUCCUUCACUAUUUCUAAUGACAAAACCAAGAAAAAAUCAACUAUGGAAAUUGAUUUUGAAGGAAUUGAUCAUGAACCAUACAAAUCUCCAUAGUAAGUUAAUUUUUUUUUUGAUAAGUUUUGAGAAUCAAUAUUUUAUUUUUUCAGUGGUGAUGAAUAUCUCAAAGUAAAAUCAAGUUCGGAACAAAACAAAUAUGCUUUAUUGGAAUUGAAGGACAACUCUCUUCACGUAAGAAUCGAAAAUGAUAAAUCAUAAUUUUGAGUUCUGAAAAUUAUUUUUUAUGUUAAAAAAUAAGAUGUUAAUAAAAAAUACCUUUAAAAAUUUUUUCUUUCUUAUAUAUUACACGGUGUGUCUGUCCGCUCGACCUACUUUUGUGUCCUUGAUUUAAUUUGACGUGAAUUAUUUUGCUCAUUUCUGAUUUUUCAAAACGCUUGGAUUGCCGCCUUAAUUUUUUGAAAUGUAUCGUAAGUUUACUUAAAGAAAGGUGUGAAUAUUGGAAAUCUCUGAAGGUAAUAGAUCUAAGAUUGUAGGGAGAUGAUUAUUUUUGGUUUCAGUUUUGGGAUCAAAUUCUUUAGAGUCUAGUUUUUUUGUGAUAAUUGAACUCAAACUAUGUUAAUUACAACUCAGAAAUCGGUGGAGUAAUUAUAUUGGAAGCAUACACUCGUUCCCCCUUUUUUACAGUGAACCUACACACAAUGUUCGGUGUAAUUACAUAACUGCCAAUUUUUGAGGGUUGAGCACGUUUUUGCAAAAGUGUAAUUAUAUUGUAUAUUGUCAAAGUUGAAAAAUGUGGCAGCCGUAAAACAUGAAAAACAGUGCAGAGCUGAAUGAAUGACAAAGUCAUUACUUCGUCAGUCGCGUGCGGCUGUGCGUCGCGGUCGAAAAACAAUCAAUUAUUUAUUUUUUCCUUUCUUUUUCGGCCGCGACGCACAGCCGCACGCGACUGACGAAGUAAUGACUUUGUCAUUCAUUCAGCUCUGCACUGUUUUUCAUGUUUUACGGCUGCCACAUUUUUCAAAUUCGACAAUAUACAAUUUAAUUACACUUUUUCAGAUUCAUCCGUGUAUUUACAAGAAAACAUCAACGUAAUUACAAAUUGCUUCAAGUUACACUGUAAAUACUCCACCAAUUGCUGAGUAAGAUAUAUUUCAAUAAACAAAUUUCAAUUUUUUCUCAAAAAAUGACCCGGUGUAAAAUACAAAUCGAUUUUAAUCUUGCACUGGAUAAGGUCAUCACCCAAUUUUUCCAAAUAAUUUACAGAAUCUCAAGUUUUUUUCUGAUAAUUAUUCUUAAACUCCCGUAACACAUUUUCCGAUGAGUACUGUAGGUGUUUGCGCGUAGUGUUUGGUGUUUGGUGCAUCCAGAUUUUUCAGUAUGUUUGCGGAUUUUUUCAAUGCAUAUUUUUUUUGAAGGUUCAUGAACGCCAAAUUUGGUGAUUUCGAGCAGAACCUUUGUACCAUAUUUCCAUUUUUUAAAUUUGUAGAUGGAACCACCUACGAAAAAACAAUGCUUGGGAAAAGAAACCGAAAAACAAGAUGAAGAAGACGAGGAGCAAACUGGUUGGUUCAAUUUGCCAUUCGAGUUAAGAAACAUUAUCAUGGAACAAAUGGGUCACGAGGAUAUCCCAAAAUUCGCUCGAUGCUCGAAGUUAUGCUAUGAAGAGGCGACAUCUUCCAAUAAUUAUUGUGAUGAUAUCGGAGUUCAUGAGUUUCGCGGAGAUUGGAAACGUUUCGAAAUUCAAUUUACAUCUCGAGAUCGGAAAAUUGGUUCGGUUUGUUUAGAAGAUGCGCAUGAUGGAACCACAAAAAUUCAAUGUGAAAAAUAUCUCGACUUUGAAAGCAGAACAACAUUUUUUGAAAAGGGAGAUGUUUAUAAUGUUUUUGUCGAAUAUCUCGACAAAUAUUUGCAAUUAUUUCGAAGGAAUUUGAAAUCUCUUUUCAUUGACUUGGUAAGUAUUUAUCACAAAAUCUUAGAAUCAAAUAACCACUUUUUCAGUUUUUUAAAGCGAAAAACUUGGUGACUCGUAAAAUUUUUCUUCGUGGCUUCAAAAAAUUGAAAAGUCUUCGAGUUGAUCAGACUCCUCGUCAACUUUGUCUCUUCAAAUACAAAUUUGUGGAUCUUGAACAAGUUUUGUAUGCCAAAUCACUUCUACGAAUAAGAGGAACACGUUUUACCUUCGAUCAAUUAGUUCAAUUGAAAUCCGAGUGGGUCGAAAUUUCACUAAUGGAUUUAACAAAAAAAGAUAUCAAUCAAUUUUUGAAAUAUUGGCGGGAUGGAAAAUUGUAUAAGGAAUUCCGAUCUUUUUGGAUUUAUAAUGAUAGUAAGAAAACGCCAACUAUUGAAAUGGAUUUUGAAGGAAUUGAGUAUGAAACAGUCACAGAACUAUUGUAAGUUAAUUUGUUAAAAAUAAUUUUUUAAAUAAAAAUUUGACUUUUCAGUGGCACUAAAUAUAUCAAAAUCAACUUGAAGACAGAACCAAACAAAUAUAUUCGAUUGAGUAUCGAGGAUGAAUUUCUUCAUAUGUUUAUUGUUAAAUCAUGGAUGUGA